UAGGUAAAAGAUGACAACGACUGACGACGAAAGGCAUUGUAGAAUAUACUUAAUGUUGAAGAAUGGAGGGACAAAAAUAAGUAAAGCACUAUUUGAGAAAUGUGUGAAAGAUCAGACACCAGAAGAUCAUAUUCCGCAUCCUUGGAACCUAGACCACUUCCUUAAUGAGAACAAGAACAAAAUUUUGGGCACUAAGACAGGGAAAUCCAAGGAAAAAAUCCUUUUUCCCGGAGGAGUUGCAAGUACACAAGUUGAACAAUGGGACCUAUAUAUGUACUGUUUCUUUCUCAUUGAAAUAUGUGGCGUAAAACGCGAAGUGCGAAUGGAUAUUGCGCAACUUCGAAAGAUGAGAAAUAAAAUGUGUCAUUCAAAUGAGUCAACGAUUGAUAUUGAAAAGUACGGCCGAAAAGUUGAUAAAAUCGAAGUCAUUUAUGAAAGACUUUUAAAGGCAAUUUGUGAUGAUGAGCUUACAACUGAAGUGAAUAGAAUUUUAGAAUCAUCAAAAGAAGAUCCUCUUUCUUGCAAGGAAAUUAUUUUUUACAUGCAUGAAUUUUAUAAGACAGAUUUAGAAACUCGAGAAAUAUUGACUCAACAAAGCGCAGAUAUCAAAACUUUGAUCCAGGAAGUAAGAGAACUCAAAAUGAAGCUUAAUCGGGAGUCUACUGAUUCUGUGGCCGAGGAUCUUACAAAAACCUGUAUGGAGCUUCAAAUAAAGAAUUGUUCUUGGCAUACGGAAAGAUUUGUUUCAAAUGUUAUUGCUGGCUUGUACAAAACGGAAACAGGCCAAUCUUCAUGUGAACAGUUGGAACAAAUAUCUGAACAAGAACGUGCUGAAUUGGUGGCUGCUGUUCAAGACACAAUAGCUCGAUUUGCGUUAAAGAAACGGACUAUUACUGAUGCUGAACCAAGAUGUGUUGUUUUGCUGGUACAAUGUUCUUCUGUUUCUUCGUUACUGACAUUAUUUCAUGACUGCAUAAACGGGGAUCUCACUAAAGAAUUCAAAAAAUUAGAGUCAGCAAUAAGACAUAUUACAGGAUUAGAGGAAGUUUCUAUUGAAGCUGUUAUAUACAAGGACGAGUUCUAUAGGACAAUGCAAAGGACAGUUUCAGUUCUUGAUGAGUCUGUUACCAAGACAUAUGGUAUGCAUCUACAAAAUAUACAGACACAGAAUACUUACGGUAUCACAGAUGUCCGUUUAGUUGAAAGGCUGUUACCUAAUUCUGACGACGAAAGGCAAUCACAACACGCUGUUCGUAUAACAAUUAAAACAGAUGCUGACAGAAAAAUGCAACUUAGGGACUCGAUAAAAUCUGGUUCCUUUGACAGCAGUAUAUGUCGAUUGAAAGAAGAAAUAUGUAAACAUUACAAACUUUCUAAUUUGUCAAUAGAAGCAAAACUUUUAGAGGAAGGAUGUGGUUUAUGUGAAGAUGAUCAUACCUAUGAAGAGAAAAGUCAUAGAGUUGAAGCCGAUCAUAGAGUUGAAGACGAUCAUAGAGUUGGAGACGAUCAUACCGUUGAAGACGAUCAUAGAGUUGAAGACGAUCAUACCGUUGAAGACGAUCAUAGAGUUGGAGACGAUCAUACCGUUGAAGACGAUGAUACAGCUGGAGACGAUCAUACCGUUGAAGACGAUCAUAAAGUUGGAGCAGAUCAUACCGUUGAAGACGAUCAUAGAGUUGAAGACGAUCAUACAGUUGAAGACGAUCAUAGAGUUGGAGACGAUCAUAUCGUUAAAGACGAUGAUACAGCUGGAGACGAUCAUACCGUUGAAGACGAUCAUAAAGUUAGAGCCGAUCAUACCGUUGAAGACGAUCAUAGCAUUGAAGACGAUCAUAGCACUGAAGACGAUCAUAGAGUUGGAGACGAUCAUAGAUUUGGAGAUGAUCUAACCGUUGAAGACGAUCAUAGAGUUGGAGACUAUCAUAGAAUUGGAAACGUUUAUAUAGUUAAAGAUGCUUACAGAGUUGAAGACGAUCAUAGGGUUGGAGACGAUCAUAGAGGUGGAGUCGAUCAUAUAGCUGAAGUGGAUUAUAUUGUUGAAGAAUUUUACACUUUUGAAGCCGAUCAUAUUCUUGACGAAGUUAAUACCAUUGAAGACAGACACAUCGUUGGAGACCGUCAUAUCUUUGAAGGUGACCGUACUCUUGUUGAAGAUAAAGACGAUUUAUCUAAUCACUGGAAUAUAAAACAAGAUGAAGACCGUUUAUCCAAUAUGAAGGCUAACAAUAUAUAUGAUUUAAUAGAAAAUAGUCACAAGGCUUUGGCGGAAGGUAAUGAAGAAAACGCCAAACGAUUUGCUUUACAUGCUAUUAUUGGUAUAAACAAGGAGAAAGAAACUUUCCUUACCGGACAACAGGAUACGGUCACCGAACAGGAAUUAGCUGACUGGUACGGAGAGUGUGCCUUUAUUCUGAACACGAUUUGCGAAUUCAUUACAGCUGCAAAAUGUUUCUACACAGCUAUAAUAUUUGAUGCUAAAUGGAAGGUUGAAACACACACCGAUGUGGCCCAAGUACUGUGGAAUGCUUUAGUUUUUGAAGAAAAUAUAUUCAUUCUCUCUGGAAACCUUCAGAAAAUAAGGAUUCUCCUUGCUGAUCUAGACACUUUAGCCAGGCUUGCUGAACGACGGAGAAAAUGGUCGGUUUGCAUAAAUAUAGAUGGAGAUAUAAACAAAGUGUACACUUUUUUAAGAGUUAUUGGCUUCAUACAAGAGGAUCUUAUCAGCCAGCCAGGACGUAAAAGUGGAAUAUGGAGAGCGGCAAGAUGCUAUCUUCAGUUGAACUUACACCAGGAGGUUAGGAAAUUAUGUAGCACAAUUUUGCAGCACGUUUGUGAUUAUGACGACUCCGAAGCUUUGGAAAUUUGGGCUAGAUCACUGUACAACACAGGCGAUUACGACCUUGCUUUACAGAAAAACCAGCUAGCUCUGAAGUACUGCUCGAAUAAAAGUGAUCAGAAAAGACUUUAUUCUUUCGAAGCCGUGUUAGCCAAAAAGUUAGAAGAAUCUUCUGUUCCACAAAUUUGUCCAGAUGAGUCUUGGCUAAAAGAAACAAAUGCAAUUUGUCCAAAUGCGAUUGUUAGAAGGAAACUUGCAACCCCAGGGAUAGUGAAAAGGAGAAAAAAAAGACGAAAAGCGAUUGGUCGAUCUGGAAGUACUACACCGAUGUCAAGAUUGCAGUCACUAGAAGGAAAGAAAGAAACAAGUUUAUCGUCAUCCACAUCGUUAAGAGACACCGAAAAUGCUACAAUUUCAACGGCAACAUUUCAGCUUAAGAGCAAAAAUAAAUUUUAUGAAAGGCUCCGAAAUGUAAGUGGUUGCAGUGCAGCGACUUCGACAAACGAUACAUCUGAUUACGAAACAGAAACGUCUUACGACUACAGUGUAUCAGAUAGUGAUCCCGACGAUGAUGAAAGUGUAAAUUAUUAUUUACAUUCAAGAAAUGAAAGUCCAGAUCAGAAUUUGAUUUCAGAGCAAGACGCUGUGAUAGACAACAUGCAAGAGCAAAUGUCAUUUUACGAACAAAGUUGCAGAUUCUACCAGAAAAAAGACGAAGUAUCUGAAAGGCUUGGUAGAGCAGAGUGUGAAGAGACUCUUCUUAAGACAGGAAUAACUCUGAAUAUGUCGUACUUGCAUAAGUUUGAAGACCAAACUCCAAAUAUUCUAAAACAAGAAUGUUUUUAUACAGAAUUUCUUGACAAAGCUAAACUUCAAGAAUUGAUGUUAAAAAAUCCGAAGAAGUACAUCAGAUGUACCAUACAGAUAGAAGGAUGCCACGAAGCAUUUUGUUGUCCGGUCGAUUCACAUGAUUCUAUAAGCAUAAUUGAAAUAUCAGGUCGAUCAAAAAUUGGACAAGCUUUUAAUGAAGAUGAAGUUAUUGUUGAAAUUCUUGACGAUCAUGUUUCCAGAGAGAAGCGAUACGGGAAAGUAAUUGGUAUAUGGAAUAGACAAAGACACGACAACACAAAGCAUCCAGUUUUUAUCUGCACCUUAGACGAUAUGGAAAGUCAUCUUGUUCGACCUAUGUGUAAAACUAUUCCAAAGAUACAUGUUUUAAAUAUAGAGAUAAAGCAAAAAUACAAAGAUGAAAAAGACAGAAGAAACAAAGUUGAAAUAUACGAAUAUGAUGAAAAGGCCGGCAUAUUAUGCAAUCCCAAAAUAUUUGAAGUUAAUCCAGCGGAGCAAGGCUCUGUUAUUUUUCUAGUAGCUUUUAUCAAAUGGGGUGCUCGACAUAUUUACCCAAAAGGGGCAAUCAUUAAACGACUGCCAAGUGGGAGUAGCGUCGCAACUGGCCUAAUGAUUCUUAACCUACAACAUGAGGUGCCAACUCUUUACAAAAAGGAAACAGUGGAACAAGUAUUAAGUAUAGUUAAGAGAACGGGAGAAGAACCACCAGUACAUAUGUUACAUGAUAGAGUAAAUCUAACUAAUUUGAAUACAUUUACCAUUGAUCCUCCUGGUUCUAAAGAUCUGGACGAUGCACUCAGCAUUGAAAUAAUUGAAGGCGGUUACAAAGUAGGCGUCCAUAUUGCAGAUGUUGCUGUAUUUAUUCCCAGGGACUCACCUUUAGACGAAGAAGCGCAAAACAGAGCUACAACAUUUUAUUCAGGCAUACGAAAACCUAGAAAUAUGAUCCCAGAACCGUUAAGUUCAAAUAUUUGCAGUCUCCUCGAAGAUAAAUUAAGAUUGACAAUAUCUGUCUUUUUUUACAUCGGAAUAAAUGGACGACUUCUAUGUAUGGAAGGCAACAAUGUAGAAAUUGUAAAAUCAUACAUAAAAUCUAAAAAGCAACUGACUUAUGGACAAGCACAAGAAUUGAUAUAUGCUUCGCCAGAUGAUAGAAAUGACAUACUGACAAAUCAUAUCAAGUGUCUUUCUAAAAUUGCACAUGCAAUUCGUAAAAAAAGGUUGGGAAAUGCCAUGUUUGCUUUAGAUGAUGAUUGGGAAGAAAUCGAUCAGGACUUGCAGGAGGAAACACAACAAGCUCAUUAUUUGAUAGAAGAAUUUAUGAUAAUGACCAAUAAGAAAGUAGCAGAAAGACUGUUGAUGACUUACAGGGAUUGUGUUCCUCUGUGCUGUCAGCCACCACCAUCAAAAGAAAGCCUUGAUGCAUUUUUUAAAAGAAAUGACCAAUACUUAGACAUUCUUGUAAGAUUCCAAGACAAACAAUUUGGACCAAAACGGUCAAGCGUUAAUGAUUGCCGGAAUAAUCAAACUUCUCAUAGGGUUAUGCUGUUAAAGUCAAUUUGGGAAGAAAUGGUUAAAUCUCCAAAAAUUGCAGCUGCUAAAUUAAUAAGAACAGACGACAUACACCCUUUGCAACUUGUGAUUUAUCAGCAUUGGUUGUCAAUCCAAGAACGUGCAGGGUAUAGAUGUUCCGGCAGCCUUGUCAACAAAGAAGAUUUUACACACUUUAGUCUAAACAUGUUUGCCUAUACCCAUUUUACAUCUCCAAUAAGCAGAUACAAUGAUUUGAUCGUACAACGCCUUGUCCAUGCUGCAGUAUUUCAGGAGAUAAGAUCUCCUUACGAAAAAGAAGAAAUCGACAACAUUUGCAAGCAUAUAAAUUCCGUUGCGGAACGUGCGAAAGCAUAUGAGAAAGGAUGUAAAUUAUUACAACAAGCAAUGGAUUACAAGACAAAUCCAGAGAUGAUUAACUGCUAUGUUGAUGAAGUAACUGAAAGAGGGGUGAUGCUUUGCUCUCCUUUUUUGAAGUAUAUAGCAAGAAACUCUAGAGAACUAACUUUCAAUCAUCUAGACAUGGUAGCCAAGCCUGAAGUUUUAGAGGACCUUAAUACUCACUGUAAUAUGGUACAAGCAAUAUGGAGAAAAAGACUGUAUGACUUUUAUGUUCGUCCUAACUAUCCAUCUGAUAGAGAAAAUGAAUUAAAGUUGAAUCCUUACAAAGAAGUUGUCUUCCUCCCACUGUGUCAAUGGGCAGAAAUGUUAAAAAGCACCAUGGAGGGUCAUAAGGAAGAUCUUUCCCGGGCAGUUAGAAAUGCGAAUGUAGUAUACCAUGAAGAAGGGCUGGAUGAUGUUUCGACGGAAUGCUUUGAUCCAUUGAAUAUUCAACCCAGCACACGAUUUUCUAUGACAUUUUCCCGUGGGCAACAACUGAAGAUUCAGAUGUCUGGUUCUCAAAACAAAGGUAUGAUUGCCCCAAAACCUAUGCUUUACGAUAUGACAAACAAUGUUAAACUCUGUUUGCAGCAUAUAGAGGAUCCAGUCUUUCACCUUUACAGAUACGCGACACGUGGGACAUGUGAUCAGUAUAAGUCGGUUAAAGUGUAUUUAGAGAGAUGGCUACCAUUGAUGUUGAUGGAAUCUGCUACUAGUGUUGUAAAGAAUGAAGAAUCUUGCAACAUCAAUAAUGUACAAAUCAAAUUUUCUGGAGAUAGGAAAGGCAAAUUUGCUCUUGGCUUAGCGGAAUGUGAGGUCAGAAAUAUAGAAUUAUCAGGAUUAGUUUCUGACGACGAUGAUGACGAGGAAUUUGAAAACAACGGGACAAAAUCCUAUGAUUGGCUCUGCCUUAAAACAACAUUACCAGCAAGAAACACUGUCUUUAGCAAAAAAUCACAUGAUUUCAAGCCGUUGGAAUCCGUUUGGGUUGGACAUGCAGAAGUUACAAGAGUAAAAAGGAAAAAAAAGAAGAGAAACGCUGGAAAGAUCACUGUUUCUUUUACUUUGCACGAACGUGCACCUGAAUUGCCACCUGACUUGCCCCUAGAUCACCAACGUUUCAGUGUUGAAAUUUUAAGGAAAUCAGAAGUAGAUAGGAGAACUGAAACCUUUAUUAAAAUGCUUCCGUCUGUUCAAGAUACACUUGCCGCAAAGAUUGCACUCAACAAAAACAUUCCAGAUCUGGAUAAGGAUCAUAAACAUAUUGCAAGUCUUAUUGAACGCGACCUGUACUACGAAGCUUGUAGUGAUGACCCGACACGAAAACCUUUGCCCCAAAACAACAGGAAGCAACAGGAAGCGAUAGAUAGAGCUUUGAUGUCACGCUUUUCUCUUAUACAAGGACCACCUGGAACUGGCAAAACGUACACAGGAAUCAAACUGGUAUCUCUAUUUAAUAAAAUCAAUGACAUUCAACAUAAAGAGGGAAAACAAAGAAAACAAGUUCUUUUUUGUGGACCAUCUAACAGAUCAGUUGAUCUUGUUGCAGAGUGGAUGUACAAUAGAAUGGGUAAUUAUUGCCCAGACUUUGUCCGUGUUUAUGGAAGGUCGAUUGAAGCUUUGGACUUUCCUAUCCCUGGUAGAACUUUUCUGUCAAAGAGGAGUACAAGAAAUCAGAAAACAUCACCUGUUUUAUACCCAGUGGCCCUUCAUCAUUUAAUUCGCCAAAAAGGAAAAAAAUAUGCAGAAGAGAUAAACGCAUAUGAUAAGCUUUUCAAGGCAAACAAUUAUAUGCCGAUGCCAGAAAAAGUUGCAGCGUAUGUACGCAUUGUCAGAGAAGCUUCAAUUGAUGAAAUCAGGAAACAUGAUGUUAUUCUUUGCACAACUGCUGUCGGGUCUAAUCCAAAAGUGUUAAAAGCUUCAAAUGUUCAUCAGGUUAUUGUGGACGAAGCUGGUAUGUGUCCAGAGCCACAGUGUUUGGUUCCAAUAAUAGCCACAAAAGCUGAACAGGUUGUGCUUAUAGGGGACCACAAGCAACUGAGACCAAUCAUAAUGUGCAGGGAGGCUGGUUUACUUGGGAUGGAGAUGUCUUUGUUUGAGCGUUAUGCUGUAACAAAUACAAAACAUAUCAACAAUGUGAAGUUCACUAUGUUGGAACAGCAGUAUCGAAUGAACCCCCAGAUCUGUCGUUUUCCAUCAGCAAAUUUUUACGACAACGCCCUGAUAACAAUGCCUGGUGCCUGGAGUAAAGGUAAAAUUCGUAUCUGGCCAAGGUGUGAAAACGAAACAUACCCACACAUAUUUGUUCACGUUGAAGGGGAAGAAAGGGUGUUGACUGUGUCAACAGAAGAGGGAAAUGAACAAUCCAAGAGUAAUAUAGCUGAAAUUGAUGAAGUGAUUAAAGUAUAUUCCUACUUCACAAGAGAGCAACCAACACAGUCCGUCCAGAUACUUUCCCAGUACAACGCACAAGUAUCAGAAAUAAAACGACGACUGAAAGAGGAAGGAUAUGUUGAUGAGAAUGUCAGUACGGUAGUUUCAAGUCAAGGAGGGGAAUGGGAUUAUGUGAUUUUCAGUACAGUAAGAUCUCUCCCUGAGUACAAGAUAGAAUCAAACCCUACAUUAGGUUGGUGUAAACACAACCUUGGCUUUAUCACUGACCAGAAUCAGAUAAACGUUGCACUAACUAGAGCCAGGAAGGGCCUAAUUAUCAUAGGUAAACGUUAUCAUAUUUACCAUUUUAGCUCACCUGAGCACAGAGUGGUCAGAGGUGAGCUUUUGUAAUGACAGUGUGUCCGUCGUUCGUCGUCCGUUGUUUUCCACAAUUACAUUUGGAAUCAUCUCCUCCUAAACCACAGGAAAUAAUUUGAUGUAGUCCUCUACAAAAUUUUAUAAAUGACCAAAUGUGGUCCAUAAGAUGGUCACAGGAGGCAUAAAUAGACUUUAAAAAUUAAAAUUUCUUAGAAAAUGCAGAACACAGAGCUUAUAUAUUUGGGAUGUUUUAUAACCUUUUGGUCUUCUACAAAAAUUAUAUUAUUUAUUUACCUAAGGUCAAAAUUGGCAUGGCCCUGAGAGUCACUUACAAAAGUCACAACAAAAGUUAAAUAAAUUAUGCCCAUGGGUCAAAAAUUUCCCUGCCCUGAUGGUCACUUAGUUUAAUUAGAACAAUACAUGAACUUCUUUUUUGUGAAACUGCAAUGCCAUGAGCUUAUAUAUUUGUCAUUAAGCAUUUUGUAGCAGUCAUAUUCAAAUAUUAAAACCAUGUUCAGCUUGGAUGAGUAAUGAGAAACCAAAUGCGACCUCAUAGCUGACUUUCACAUUGAAAAAUUGAAAUUCCGACAUUCUAGAAAUGUAUCUCAGGUGAGCGAUACAGGGCCAUCAUGUCUUAAUUUUCUUAAUGAUAAUUGAAUCUUACA